AUGGCUUUUUUACACCCUCAUAGUUGUGAAUGUGUAAAAUCAGAACUAGAUUUAUUUGCAUUACCAACUACCCAAACCAGCGUCGAAAAUGGGCAAUGGAUACAUUACAACACACUCAACAGCAUCAGUGACGAUGGACUUUUGGAAUUUGUGAUAAACACUGCUGAUGAGUAUAUUGAUCUAUCACAUACAUUGCUCACUUUAAAUGUGAAGCUUGUUAAAGAAGAUGGCGCAAAUUUUAUUGCUACUGAUAAAAUUGUGCCCGUUAACAAUAUUUUACACUCGUUAUUUAGUCAGGUGGAUGUUUAUUUAAACCAAAAAUUAAUUUCACCCCCAAACAAUACAUACGCCUAUAAGUCCUACAUUGAAACGUUGCUAAAUUACGGCCCUGCUGCUAAAAAUUCUCACUUAACAUGCGGCCUGUGGUACCCAGAUACAGCCGGUUCUAUGGAUAGCGUAGAAGAUGCUAAUGCUGGGAGCAAGAAUCGCAGCGUGUUUACUAAAGAAAGCAAAGAAGUCGAUCUAAUCGGACAUCUCAAUUGCGAUCUGUUUAAUCAAAAUAAAUUUUUAAUCAACGGAGUAGAAUUGCGAAUAAAACUGGUUCGUUCAAGAAAUAAUUUCGCAUUAAUGUCUGCAGGUACCAAGGGAAAAAUACAAAUUAAUAACGCAACACUGCUCGUCAGACGUGUGAAAAUAAAUCCGACCGUGAUGCUUGCACAUGCAAAAGCUUUAGAACUGACCACAGCCAAGUAUCCAAUCACAAGAACGGAAAUAAAAAUUUUGACGUUACCACAAGGUGUACUCUCAAAAUCGUUAGAUAAUAUUUUCUUGGGACAGUUACCAAAACGGGUCGCUAUAUGUUUUGUAUCAAACAGAGCUUUUAAUGGAGAUUUUACAUUAAACCCAUUCAACUUUCAACAUUUUGGUUUAAAUUUCAUGGUUCUUUAUGUUGACGGUCAGCAAGUGCCGUGCAAACCGUUUCAACCUGCCUUCGCGGGUACUAGCAAAAAUUAUAUCGCAAUGUACCAUACUUUGUUUUCCGGAACUGGGAUACAUUUUCUCAAUGAAGGGAACGAUAUAGGCCGCGAGGCAUACCCGGACGGGUACUGUAUAGCCGUUUUUGAUUUGACGCCGGAUCUUUCAGCUGGUUCGUUAAGUCACUGGAAUCUUGUAAAAAACGGAAGUGUUAGAUUGGAAGUGUCGUUUAAUGAAGGUUUAACGGAAACGACAAACUGUUUAGUGUACGGUGAAUUUGACAGCGUCAUCGAAAUUGAUAAAAAGCGGAACGUGGUUGUAGAUUAUAGCAGUUAA